AUGGCACGCCAGCGCAUUUAUUACGUCGUGACCGUUGCUAUGGUUUUGACCUUUGCCACUCAGAUCGUCGCAAGCAAAGAAGCACCGAACAACGUCAUGAGAAAACUGCAAACUCAAGGAUGUAAAAUUACAGAUUAUCAUUACGUAUCUAAAUAUAAUUUACCAAGGAUAGCUUGUGACAACAUCGGUUUGACAAGUGUCCCUGAAGGACUGCCACAAAACAUGGCUGAACUUCAGUUACCAAACAACGCCAUAACUUCCUUUUCCUGUGCUGGUUUGAACCUGUUUAACCUGAAAAUACUUAACCUAAGGAACAAUAGAAUCAGAUGCUUUCCGUGGAACUGCCUUAAGCAUAUGCGGGGAAUAACUGCUUUAGAUUUGUCACAUAAUCAGUUGUCUUGUGUCAAGCUUUUCGCUGUUAAGUUUUUCGUCCCUCGCCUAAAAAUGGUGAACAUUUCUUACAACAGGUUGAUGACAUUGUCAGAGUGUGAUCUUGGGUGGGACAUGAGUUUGCAGGUACAAAAUCACUUGGGACAUUUUGUGCAAUAUAAUUUGUCAAUAGAGGGUAACCCUCUUUACUGUAGCUGUAGCAUAUCGUGGGCCAUCAAACUGGCGAAAAUCGUAAAUAAGUGCCGGAAAAAAAUGUGCGAUUGUUGUAAGCAAUUCUUUGAUAACGAAAAUCCCAUCAAACCUCAGAUGUGGAAAGAUCUGGAAAAUUUCCGGUGUGAAACACCUCCGCGUUUAGCGGGAUUGGAACUCUGGAAAUUAGGCAUCUCACACUGUCCUCAAAUAAGAUACAGUCCCUGUCCUAUUGAGCAUACAUGCCCCGGAGUAAAGACUGAAGCCUAUACUUCUACCUUCUUGCCACCAACAACAACUAGCAGCUCAGAACUAUCCACAGAGACAAGUGAGAAACAAAAGCAAACACAAACAGAACUAAAUCAGCAGACAACCCAGAGUGUUAGCUUUGAAAUAAGUUUUAAACCAAAGCAAACACAAACAGAAUUAAAUCAGCAGACAACCCAGAAAGUAAGUUUUGAAAUAAGUUCUGAACAAAAACAAACACAUACAGAACUAAAACAGCUGACAACCCAGAACGUGAGCACUGAAACCUUGAAAGGAAUGUUUUUACCAACACCGGGAGAAUUGUAUAGUGUGCAGUCAGUGGCCAUGCCUAUAACAGAGGCUCCACAGACACAAUUCCUGUCAUCUCCACACCCCAGUCCCUUAGAGACCGAAGUCUCUACUACUACCCUCUUGCCAACAACAGCUAGCAGCUCAAAACUUUUCACACAGACAAGUGAGGGACCAAAACAAACACGGGCAGAACUAAAUCAGCAGACAACCCAAGACGUAAGUUUUGAAAUAAGUUUUGAACCAAAGCAAACGCAGACAGAACUAAAUCAGCAGACAACCCAGAACUUGAAAUUCAGUCAGUCUCCACAGACACAAGUUCUGUCCUCUCCACACCCCAGUCCCUUGGUGUCAGGCUGGAUGCUGACUGGUAUUAUUGUUGGAGGGAUUGUUGCCCUGUCAGGUCUGAUAUUAGCUGUUUAUUGUGCAAUGUCUAAGAAACAGGCUAGCCAGGGGAACAACAUGGCGGCUGGCUACGUUGUAAACAAUCACCAGGUUGACAUCUCUCAGCUGCAGAGCGCACAGGUUGACUCCCAGGCAGGUUAUAGCGGUGAAUCUGAUUAUGCUUCUCCGUAUGCAAAAUCGAUGUAUGUUUUUCAUGUUCCUCAAUACGAUACUGCGGACCGUAUGAUGGAAGCGCAAACCAAUAAGACUCCUGCCACACAUUCACAACCUUCUCCCGACCUUGCCCCCGAACACAAACCGACCUGUGUCGGAUAA